CAAAGGGCUGCAGUGCAUUGGCCAUUUAUAUCUGCGGCGCCGGGCGAGGGCGCGUAGCCAGCCUAGACCCUGGCUAGCUGUUGCCCUGUUGCCGUCUACUAGCGGACUGCUCGCGGCAGCAGAGUGCACGGCAGCAUCAGGCAUCGGCGACGGCGAGAGCGUUGGCAGCAAAGCCUAUUUGCCUGUCUGGCUGUCUGUCUCCAAGCUUGAAGCCCACCCAGUUGGUGUUGUCCGGGACAUCAUCACGCACGCGCAGAGCUGACACUGGAACGACUGAACAUGGCUGGAGAUCCGGGGGACGCGCCGGAGGUGGGGGAAGGUGGCAUACGCUCUGUGCUCACCAUGGGCUCGCUCGUCGAUCCCUCCGGGAACGAGGUUCAGUUUCCAGAGAUCGACGGCAAGAUGAUCGGCCUCUACUUCGCGGCGAACUGGUACCCGAAAUGCGAGGCUUUCACCCCGGUGCUGGCCGCGGCCUACGAGCAGCUCAAGGAGCGCGGCGCCGGCUUCGAGGUCGUGCUGGUGUCGUGCGACGAGGACCGGCCGUCGUUCGAGCGGUUCCACCGAACCAUGCCGUGGCCCGCCGUGCCGUUCGGCGACCUCCGCUGCAAGAAGCGCCUCAGCGAGAGGUUCCAGGUGGAGGGCAUCCCGCGCCUGGUGGUGCUCGCUGCGGACGGCGCGGUCGUUCACCCGGACGCCGCCGACCUCGUGCACCGCUACGGCGAGAGAGCGUUCCCGUUCACGGCCGCGAAGGUGGCGGAGCUGGAGGCAGACGACCAGCGCAAGUACGCGUCCCAGACGCUGGAGAAGCUCUUCUCCAUCAACGGGAAGGAGUACGUGAACGGUGCCAAUGAACAGGUCCCGAUCUCGAGCCUGGUGGGGAAGACGGUGGGGCUCUACUUCUCCGCUAACCAUUGCGCGCCGUGCAUCAAGUUCACGACGAAGCUGGCGGCCAUCUACAGCAGCCUCAAGGGCAAGGCGGAGGACUUCGAGAUCGUGUACGUGCCCAUGGACAAGGAGGAGGACGGGUACCUGCGCUCCUGCAGAGACAUGCCGUGGCUCGCGCUGCCCUACGACGGCGUGCCGUCGCGCGCGCUGGCGAGGUACUUCGACGUGCGGGAGAUCCCGACGCUGGUGGUGGUCGGGCCCGACGGCAAGACGGUGACGCGGGACGGCCGCAACCUGGUGAACCUCUACUUCGACAUGGCGUUCCCGUUCACGGACGCGCAGAUCAGGCUGCUGCAGGAGGCCGAGGACGAGGCGGCCAAGGAGUACCCGCAGUCGCUGCGCCACCGGGGACACAGACACGAGCUCAGCAUCGUGUCGGACAAGUCCGGGGGAGGACCCUACAUCUGCUGCGAGUGCGAGGAGCAGGGGCUCGGCUGGGCGUACCAGUGCAUCGCCUGCGGCUACGAGAUACACCUCAGGUGCGGCCAGAAUGCGGAGGGCGGCGGCGCAGGAACUGCUUAGCGACGACGAGUUAACAGCGUCAACACUAAUAUCUAUCUAGACUGCUGCAUGCAUACUGGACAUGGUUCUAUGUUUGUUCCCAACAAACCGUCAGCUUGCUCUAUCAAGGCUGAUGCUAAAGUAGUAAAAUAGAUGAGAAAUGGCCUUCCUUGUAAGGUUUAGGUGGUUAGCAGAGUGCACAUGAAAAGAAAUGAAGCUGCAUCCUCGGCGGCAGGUGUUAAGCAAAUCUUGCUGCACUGCCCAAUCAAUCUACUUAUGCAUGAAGGAUUGCUUCGGUUCAGAAGUA